AAAACGCGCCACUCAGUGCUAUCAGCUUGUAUUGUACCACCAAAAUCGCUUGUAGUCCUCCUGAAUUGGGAAUUGGCAGGUAAAACGCAUUAAACUGAUUACUGCGAUAGCCGUGCUGUCACCUGGAGAUCCUUCCGAGAAAGGUGUCCCGCGAUACGGAGGAGAACGCAGCUGCCGAGGAAACCUGCGGUGAAAAUGACAAACCUGUGAAUUGCCCGAAACAGUGCCUGGUGGGGGUGUCUCUCCUGCUCUCUCCCUCUCUCUCUCGCCAUCCGCUCGACUCACCUCGCCUCACCCCUCUCGCUUGCUCGCCCGCUGGAAGGAGGGGGAUGGACGGUUAAUGUUACGACGAGCACAUCGCAGUGUGAAUCACGUUUGGACGACCCCAAGGGAACGGGAACCCAGAGAAGCCAGCGAUGUACCAGAGUGCCUGCCAGGCGGCCACCACGGGCUCCUGUGUCCCGGGAACCGGCCAGCAGCCGGACAACGAGCGACAGUCGGCGCUGAUCGCCCAACAACCCCCCACCGCGCCCGUGGAGCCCGACUAUAGUGGCUUCGAUAUCGUUAAGGCCACCCAGUACGGGGCCAUUGCCCGCGUCCGGGAGCUGGUCGAGUCCGGGUGGGAUGUCAAUCAACCGGACAGCGAAACGGUCACCCUGCUCCACUGGGCGGCCAUCAACAAUCGACGGGACAUCAUCCGGUACUUCCUUGAGAAGGGCGCCACCGUGGACGCCGUGGGCGGGGAGCUGAACGCCACGCCCCUGCACUGGGCCACCCGACAGGGACAUCUCGGUGCCGUCGUCCUGCUCAUGGCCGCUGGCGCAGAUCCGAGGAUCAGGGAUGCGGAGGGCUGCUCCUGCAUACACAUCGCCGCCCAGUUCGCGCACACUGCUCUGGUGGCCUACUUUAUAGCGAAGGGCGUAGACCCGGAUCUCCAGGAUCGAGGCGGAAUGACGGCGCUGAUGUGGGCAGCAUGGAAGGUUUGCGCUCUGGAUCCCGUGCGCUUGCUGCUGACCCUCGGAGCAAACCCCGCAAUGGUUGAUUAUACGCAUGGAAACACGGCCUUGCAUUGGGCCAUCCUGGCACGCAAUGCCACGGCCAUUUCCACACUGGUGCUCAAGUCUAAGGCCUCGCUGGAUGUGCCCAAUCUGCGGGGCGAGACGCCGCUCUCGAUGCUGGAAUCCCAGACGGGAGCAAUUUGGAUAGGGGCCAAGGUGAUGGACCGCGUGAAAGAGGCGGCGCUCACCUCGCAGCAACGGCGAUCGCUGGUCUCCAAACUGCGGCACGACAAGCGCCUGAGGUGGUGGUCCAUGGUGGCAUGUCCCUUCACUGCUUUCUAUCUGGCUGGCAUCGUGUUCACCGUGAACACGCUGUACAUCAUCAAGUUUUUCCUACUGGGCUGUUUGUACGCCAUAUUCCACACGAUCGGCAAGGCCUUGUUCGAUGAGCACCUGAUGGCCCUACUGCCCCUGAGCGUUUACCUGGCUACCAAGGCCUGGUUCUAUGUCACCUGGCUGAUGUACAUCGACGAUGCUGUGCCAUUUACGACCACCGUUUGCUUCCUAAUCUCCUCCCUCGCCUUGUGGGUGUGCUUUCUCAAGUCGUGGAAGGGAGAUCCGGGCAUUAUUCGGCCCACCAGGGAGCAACGAUUUAAGACCAUCAUAGAGCUUUCGGAGCGAGGUGGAAUCGGCUUUGAGCCCGCCUCCUUCUGCUCCGGUUGCCUGGUGCGCCGCCCUAUUCGGUCCAAACACUGCUCUGUGUGCGAUCGAUGUGUGGCGAGAUUCGAUCACCACUGCCCUUGGGUGGGCAAUUGCAUCGGGCUAAAGAACCAUAGCUACUUCAUGGGAUUCCUCUGGAUGCUGCUGAUUAUGUGCGUCUGGAUGCUGUACGGCGGCUCCAAGUACUAUGUGAACCAGUGCAAUGUGCGGUUCGAUGAUUUUCUCGGUGCCAUGCGGGCCAUUGGCAACUGCGAUGCGUGGGUGGGCUGGGUAAUGGGCAACGCUCUGCUGCACAUGUCCUGGGUGAUCCUGUUGACGAUCUGUCAGACAUAUCAGGUGAUUUGCCUGGGCAUGACCACCAAUGAGCGCAUGAACCGCGGACGGUAUCGCCACUUCCAGGCCAAGGGCGGCCACAGCCCCUUCACACGCGGUCCCAUCCAGAACCUUGUGGACUUCCUCGAGUGCAGCUGCUUCGGAUUGGUUCAGCCCAAGCGGGUUGACUGGAUGAACUACUACGACUACGAUGCCCAGACGCAUCAGACCAUCGAAAAGGAGCCGCUACUGAGCGUGGACUGCCCAGAUGGAAUGGCUGGCGAGCACCAGUACGUGUAGGAUAAGUCCUAUCGGGAUGCGAAGACGCUUCAGAUGCCCAUCGCGCAUGUUUAACAACCGACACCAAACGCUUUAGAUAGUCCGCUAAUGCUUUUUCUCUUUCCCAAAAAUCCCACCCGUUUCAUUUCCUUCAACCAUUUUAAUUGGUCCCCGCUGAUCUGCUGCAAAAAUAUAUAAACCACGAAUCGCGAAGAAGAAUUCAACACAGCCAAGACAGAAGCGUCAUCGCUGACCGAUAUCGGAUGGACGAGUUGGGGUCCGGGCCAAGUAUGGCUACCCUUCACUUAAGUACAUAUUAUGCAUGUAUUACUGUAAUUACUCUGUACAUUUCUGCGUAUUUCUUACUCUUCGAUCAUAAGCCGAAAGUACACAAAACGUUUUUGUCCUUUAAAGUAUUUGUAUACCAAAAACCUAAAUGCAAUCGUAAGCAAAUGAACACCGAACAAAUUUACCAAUGCAACCAUAAUCAAAACCAGAGUUUGUUUAAGCGUGCAAUAUUCAAGAUUCUAUUUCACAUACUGAGAUAUUAACAAAUUGUAAAGCGCACACAACAAAAGAGAACACCAAAUGGAAACUGUCAACGUUUUAAGGUACUUGCAUGGACUCUGAGCGAAGUUUCUCCUAGAUGGAAUGAAUAAUCAGGCAUUAUGUAUUAGAAAAAGCAAAAUUAAAGUGAAAAUUCAGGAAUACGUACUAAUUUACGUACUUUGAGACGCUACCAGCUCUCUAGGAUCGAAAACUUCGCUUCAGCAACAGCACGCAAAGACUCUUAAAAUAUUAACAUGGCAAAUACAGCGAAGACAACAAAUUAACCAAUCGAUCCCAAGCACUAGCAUACUUAAACAAAUAAUGAAUAAAUUCUAAUGCGAUCCAAUUCUAAUUAUGCACUAGUCUAGUCAGAAAAUCAUUUAAGUAAAAUGUUAAAGUGCAACUACAGCCACAAAAUCGAUAAAAUAAAUUGCAUAUUUAUAUAAACCCA